CUUUUCUGAUAUCUGUGACUUAACUUUCUGGUUCGCUCUCUAGCCUACUCCGUAGUUGGUUGCUAUUCAACUUAUUAGUAAGCUGCCCUUGUUCUUCGAUACUCCGAUAACGGUAACGUUGGGGGUCCUGUCGGUCAAGUAAGUGCCUCCAUCCAAGUGGUUCUUGCGAUAGUAAAAGCUAACUGGAAGCUUGACUUUCGGAUCUUAUCCACUGUUCUAGAUUUUGUCCCUAUUUCAUCUUUUUUUUCUCCCCCGAGCAAUUUUACGCAGAACAAGAGUAUCGCGCUGACAACGCCGAGGUCUGAAAAUUUGAUAUUUUGUGCUCUUUUAUUUCCUUGCUAUGGAAUGGACAAGGAAAAGGUAACUGCAGUGUACUCAGUGCUCCACCUGGUUUUCCACCGGAAUAAGAACCAGCACGGGAAGACAAAAUGGUGGAAAUGGCUUUCUUUGCUGAAACGAGCCACUAUGAAUCUCUUAAAAAGUUUAGAAUGCGAACUAGCACCCAGCAGAAGCAAGUCCAUUGUUGACAAGCAUGCCAAACAUUUGGCCACGAGUGUCAUACCCAAGUGUUAUUGUGCGUUCUCUACAGUUGUUGCAGAUGGGCAGUUUUCGACGCUUGGUAUCGUUUUAAUAGCAACCUUGGCUCGCCUUACAAAAGCAAUGGCGAUUGAUAAAAAAUUGGGUUGUCCACCACAAAAGUCACGGGUUCCAGCCAUUCCAGAUCGAAGUUAUACUCCAAAAGAGGAUAUAGGGGAGGUCCUCUCUCGGACCCAAGACCAUUCAGGUGCGGCGGUCGACACUGAGACCCCUACCGCCCAUCCAACGGCCUUAGGAGUACGCAAAAACAGUGAUCUAGAGAGGAAGAAGCGUCCUGGUUCUACAGAUGUGAAAAAACCGAAAAAAAUAAAAAAAACCAAAAAGGAUGCCAUAGACGAGCUUUUCGCUGGCAUUAGUUGAAUAGCAGAAUCCACGAGUUGUUCUAUAUAGAUACAAGGCAGACAGCCAUAUUU